UUACUCUUUCACUCUGUCCAUCCCUCUGCUCAGUAAAUGGUGCGAGACUAGAUGUCCUCAGUGUAAAUCAUCUCUGAUGAACACAUGUCCCUUGUGUAAUUUGCUCGCCUGGGCAUUUCAUUUCUUCUCAUUUUUUAAUCUGCUGAAAGACUUUGAAAAAAACUUUAAAUUCACCCUUUUCCAAAAUGUCAGGCAUCCAGAUCUUGGCUUUCCUGGGCGGCCUGGUUGGGCUUGGUGCCACCUUCUGCGCCACGUUGUCCAACGAAUGGAGGACCACCAGCAGAGCCUCCUCUGUCAUCACGGCCACAUGGGUCCUCCAGGGACUGUGGAAUAACUGUGCUGGAAACGCCAUUGGAGCCCUGCACUGCAGACCACACCACACUAUCUUCAAACUGGAAGGUUAUAUUCAGGCCUGCAGGGGUCUGAUGAUCGCUGCUGUCUGCCUGGGCUUCUUUGGUUCCGUCUUUGCCCUGGUUGGAAUGAAGUGCACCAAGAUUGGGGGAUCAGACCAAAGCAAAGCCAGAAUGGCUUGCUUCGCCGGGGUCAAUUUCAUACUCAGCGGUCUCUGCUCGUUGUCCGCAUGCUCCCUGUACGCACACAGAAUAACAUCUGAGUUUUUUGACCCCAUGUUUGUUGCUCAGAAGUAUGAACUGGGAGUUGCCUUGUUCAUUGGUUGGGCAGGAUCUAUCCUGUGUGUUCUGGGAGGGGGGAUAUUCUGCUUCUCCGUAGUAGAUAGUUCCACUAGAAGCUCCAGUCGCACAGGCUAUGCCUACGGAGGACCUGCCUCCACCUCCCAUGUCUCUUCCCACCCUAGAGGGCAUGCACAGCCCAUGAGCCAGCGGCCUCCACCCAAAUACAGCAGCUCCUCCAGAGCACAGCACUUUGAUAAGAAUGCCUAUGUGUAAGGGAUGAUAGGGAAAAUGCAGAUCUUGAACAGAGGAAGACUCAUCGCCACUCCAGUUAAAAGGGGAGAAAGAAUGUGCUACGUGACUGGCUGGCCCAUUGUGUCACAAAUCACGAUUGCCCAGAGAGAAAUCACUGGAUAUUGGAGUGGAUCCUGCUGUCCACCUAUUUAUAAGGGAAUUAAUUUCCAUUCAGAGUCUAAUGGAAAUCAUAGCCUUUUGUUAGUUCACAAGAGAUAAGCUGAUAUUUUUUGUCUGACAUUCUCGUGACAGAAGUCAAAGGAGCAAUCUGCAGUUGCUCCAUCCAUUUUUGGACUUAUAAAUGAAUGAUACGUCUUGAAGAAAAUAACUUCUGAGUGCCUCAUGUGCUUAGUUCAGCUGUCAUUACCCCAUCAGAACCCAGCCUCAAAACAUGGUAAAAAACUAUAAUCUUGUUAUCAUUAAAGAUCAGUCAUCCAUAGCUCUGUCUAUGAAUUUGGGAGUGGUUACAUUUCUCCAUCCCUUAGCUUUUUUUUCAUGCAAGAAAUUAAAUGUAUUAUUAAUUAGAAAAAUACAACAUGUGAGAGCACACAUUACAAUAGAGCAUCAACACGAAGCACUUUGUAUACACUUGAAUAGAUUUUGUCUUUGACAUUAAAGUGUAUAUGAGUUGCUAUUUCUCUUGAACGUCUCUUUAAUUUUAAGACACUCCUUAAAAUGCUGUUAAUCAAUAAUGACAAAACAUUUAAACGAUUUCUGGACACGUCAUGUUUUUGACCUACCAUAACCUUUAAACUACAGUACAGUACAGUAUGUACAGUACAGUAUGUACAGUACAGUAUGUGUAAAAGUGCUAUCCAUUUACAGUAACUCACAUAUUUUGUUAACACAUUAUUUACAGUCCUAUGACAGUCUUAAAAUAAAUAAUUUUAAAAAUCAA